CCCCUGCACUACGGGACCUUGAUGGACAGCAGAGCUUGUGCCACCAUGGCAGCAGCUGCCUGGGGUGCUGGUGUUCUCUGUUCCCUGCUGCACACUGCCAGUACGUUUUCACUGCCUCUCUGCCAAGGCAAUGUUGUCAACCAGUUUUUCUGUGAAAUCCCACAGAUCCUCAAGCUCUCCUGCUCGGCCUCCUACUACAGGGAAGUUGUGUUUCUCAUUUUUACUAUCAUUUUAGACUUAGGCUGCUUUGUUUUCAUAAUGGUCUCCUAUGUGCAGAUCUUCAUGACUGUGCUGAGGAUGCCCUCUGAGCAGGGACGGCACAAAGCCUUCUCCAUGUGCCUCCCUCACCUGGCUGUGGUCUCCCUGUUUCUCAGCACUGGUGCUUUUGCCUACCUGAAGCCCCCGUCCAUUUCCUCCCCACUCCUGGAUCUGACAGUGGCACUUCUGUACUCAGUGGCUCCUCCAACACUAAACCCUAUUAUCUACAGCAUGAGGAACAGGGAGAUCAAGCACGCUCUCAGGAAGGUGUUGCAAUAAGCACUAUUCCAGC